AUGACUCACCUACCUUAUGCCGCCUUCAACCCACCAUCUUCAUUAAUUAAAAUUGUCAUUUCACAGUGUGUUACCCUAAUAUUUAUACCUAGGUUUUCCCCAUCAACAAGAAGACCAUCCAGAUGUAACCAAGGAAAGCCUCCCAGUACCGCUGGUAUAUUGUUUGAGGUGUUAUUAUGCAUUACAGCCAACGCUGCUUCUUUAUACACUAUUGGAUUCACUGGUGGGUCAGAGUCUAUUUCUACUGGUUUGAGAGUUGCUGUUACUAUUCAAGUAAUCAUCAUUUAUGCCUUAUUCAUCUUUGAAAUUUUCUUUUAG